UUGCAAAUUUUCUGAGUAAUUUUGUUAAAAAUCUGACCCAAACUUAUCAAAUGGAUCCAGUUGAUGGGGAUCGAGUUUAUGCUGCUGAGCGUCUCCUUCAAAUUCGUACACGUAAAGGACAGCAGGAAUAUUUGGUCAAGUGGAAGGGAUGGUCAGCUAAACACAACACUUGGGAACCAACUGAGAAUAUUCUUGACGAUAGAUUGAUACAAGAGUUCGAACAACGCCAAGCUACAACAACAACUCGUGGGCCGAAACGUAAAGCUGCGGGCGCUGUUUCAAGUAAUUUGUCGGCUUCUGGAAGUUCUACAACAACAACAAAUCAGACUUUGAGUCCUCCAGUUAAAAGGGGUAGACGACUUGCCAGUACUCGUCAGAAGACUGAUAGUGGUUCAGAAAGCGCCGCGGGAUCACCUUCCACUUCAAUUGGCACACGUCGUUCAAGUCGUCGUACAGCUGCAAAGGGUGAAGAAGAGUCUCGCGAUGGCAGUGUUAGUACCGUUGAUAAAGUUGAAGUUGGCAAAAAAGAGGCAAAGUUGUCUGUGAAAAAGACUAAGGAAGACAAUGAUGAGGGAGCUUCAGAGAAGGAGGAACAUGCAGAAGAGGCCAAAAUAGAAACUGCUCCACAAAGUGAGGCUGAACCAGAAAUUCCAGCUGCUCCAGUUUUAACCAAGGAAGAGCCAAAACAAGCUGAAGAUGCUGAUACAACUGCUGCUGAUGAUCAUGAGGUUGAACUAGUUGAUAAUGAUGAGGCUAGAGAAGCACCACCUUUGGAGAUUUUUGUUGAACGUAAACCUACUAAGCACGAAUUGGCUCAAAAUGGUGGCAAUGACACAACUGCAAAAAACAAUGAUACGUUUAUAAUAACGAAUGAGACUGAUCCAAAUUGUACACAUAAAAUACAAGUUUUUACUAAACAAGGAGGUACUAGUGGUUCAACUGAAAAACCAAAGUCUACUAACAACGGAGAAGGUGACAUUGUUUGUGUUGGAAAUGAUAAAGCAGGAACUACUACGACUCAAAAUGAUAUGGACGAAGAUAUAAUUAUUGUCAAGGAUAAUGGAAGCAUCGCUGAGACGGUCAGUCAAUGUUCUUCUGUAGACGGGAAUGAAUCUGAGGCGGUUUUGGUUUCAACCGCCCCCGUCACCUCUUCUUCCGCUAUUACUGCUCCUCCCACAAGCUCUGAAUGAACAGCGGAAUUUUAGAAAGGAAAGAGGUGAUAAGGAUUUUUAAAUUAUUAUUUCAAUAGGUCUGGGGGAGAUUGGUUUAGCAGCUAGAUAAUUUUUUAGUUUUUUUCGCCAUGCUUACACUUAAUAGUUUUUCUUGGUAGAUUUUCCUUGGACUUGAGUUGUUAUUUUAUUUCCCUUAUUUUUGAAGACUUGGACUGAUCCAAUUACAAAAGAGCCAGUUACA